AUGAAAUGUUACUUAAAUCCCUCUAAAGCCCUACAUCUCUCUCUCUUUCUCUCUUUCUCUCUAUCUCCUUUCGAAACUUCCUUUUUUUCCAAAAAUGGCAACAAUUCAAGUGACAAACCUUAAGGAUUUAAUAUCAUCAACUUCUUGUUCUUCAUUGUUAUCUUCAAACCGAUGUUUUUCUUCAAAAAACCACUUGAAACGAAGCUUUUUGAGGACGCGUCACCGUUUUGGAGGGAUAAGUUGUUCCUUUGCUCCAAUGGAGACUGCCAAGAUAAAGGUGGUUGGUGUUGGUGGAGGUGGUAACAAUGCUGUUAAUCGAAUGAUUGGCAGCGGUUUACAGGGUGUUGAUUUCUAUGCCAUAAACACAGAUUCUCAAGCACUGCUACAGUCUGCUGCAGAGAACCCACUUCAGAUUGGAGAGCUUUUGACUCGUGGACUAGGCACUGGUGGAAAUCCACUUUUGGGGGAACAAGCUGCUGAGGAGUCCAGAGAUGCCAUUGCGAAUGCUCUUAAGGGCUCAGAUCUUGUCUUUAUAACCGCUGGUAUGGGUGGAGGCACUGGGUCAGGUGCUGCUCCAGUUGUUGCCCAGAUAGCAAAAGAGGCUGGUUAUUUGACUGUUGGUGUGGUAACCUAUCCCUUCAGCUUUGAAGGACGUAAACGAACCAUGCAGGCUCUGGACGCUAUUGAAAAGCUGCAGAAGAAUGUGGAUACGCUCAUAGUGAUUCCCAAUGACCGUCUGCUUGAUAUUGCUGAUGAGCAGACACCUCUGCAAGAUGCUUUUCUUCUUGCUGAUGAUGUUCUACGCCAAGGGGUACAAGGAAUUUCAGAUAUAAUCACGAUACCUGGACUGGUGAAUGUAGAUUUUGCAGAUGUUAAAGCAGUGAUGAAAGAUUCUGGAACUGCAAUGCUUGGAGUAGGAGUUUCCUCUAGCAAAAACCGUGCAGAAGAAGCAGCAGAACAAGCAAUUUUGGCUCCCCUAAUUGGAUCAUCAAUUCAGUCGGCUACAGGUGUGGUAUAUAAUAUUACUGGAGGAAAGGAUAUAACCUUGCAGGAAGUCAACAGAGUUUCACAGGUUGUGACAAGUUUGGCAGAUCCUUCUGCUAACAUCAUAUUCGGUGCUGUGGUGGAUGACCGCUACAAUGGGGAGAUCCAUGUGACCAUUAUUGCUACAGGCUUCUCACAGUCAUUUCAGAAGACAUUAACAGACCCCAAGGCUGCAAAGCAGAUUGAGAAAGUUGCAGGGGGACAAGAAAGCAAGGGUAUACCACUAUCCCUCAAAUCAUCGUCUUCUUCAACUGUCCCCUCCAGGUCAUCUCCACGAAGGCUAUUUUUCUAAUUUUGAUCUCUUGUUUCUUCCUGCUUUUUGUUAUUAGCUAUGUAAAGAUCUUGAAGCUUAUGAUUAUUAGAUGCCAUUCGUUUCUAUGAUUGUGUGCACUGCAAUAUUUAAUGGGUUUUCAGUAGUCCAAAAUAGAUUUGUCUAUGAUUAAAUAGCAAGAAGACUAUGAUAAACUAUAAAAAUGCUUUACACAAAUUCCUGUAAACAACAAAUGCCUUGGGAGGUAUAAUUAAAUCAAAGGAAGAUGGAAAGGUCAGGUUUGGGGGUAAAUGACAACAAACUUUCAUAAAAAAAAAGUUCAAAUGCUAGCAAGUUCUGUGCACUAGUGUCCUAAGCCUAAGCUACAACAGUUGAAGUCUUUAAAACUUGACCACCAACCUUUCUUCUUUGAUAGAUUUGGGGAUUU